AUGCGAUCUCCUGUCGGGGAUAUUGUGGUUGGUCUUGUGCUCAGUGUUGCAGUCGGACUGGUCUGGAGAAAUUGGAAGGGCGGCGAGAUGGACCGCAUCAGUCGAUACUACGAGUGGCAGGAGGCCCAACGGACCAAGAAGAAGAUGCACAACGACGACAAGUGA